AAAGGGAAGCACAAUCGUGUGUGCCAGAGUCACCCUCCCCUAACCUAGAGAGAUGGGGCAGUCUGUGCCGUGAGGACGGAGCUCGGAAGAAAGAAAACAAGGACGGAAACAAACAAGACAUAAGAGGACAUCUGGAAAAAGCAGAAGGCAGAAGACAGGGAGGGGAAAACAAACCCACAGCAGGUGGAAACAAGAUCUAGAGCCAACUGGUCUGGUCCACAGUUGUUUUUCUGGAAGAGAAGAAAGUACCGGAGGAUUGCCUGUUUUCCCUUCAGUUAAUGAAAACUCUUACCUUCAUCAAAAAGAAAAGGCUAAGGGAAGGUAAAGACAAUCUUUGUUUUCUUAGGGGCAGAGCUGAGUGAAACCCAGACUAUCUUUGAAGCGUCUAAAAUAAGCCACUGCCUGGUACACAUUGCAGAACCAUCCUGGUCUCUGAAGAUCUACAUCCCCUUCAGGAAAAUUCCAGCCGGAGUAGCUGGUACAGUUCUAUUUUUAUAUUUAAAUAUCUAUGUCUCUUCCCCGCCCUCCCCUUUUAACAAUCCUUUCUUGUCUGUAAGCCCGAGUGACAAGAAAGUAUCUAUACGGAAGAGGAAUAUUUUCAGUUUUCUCUUUUUAUCUGCCUGAGUCUUUUUUUUUUAAGAGGGUAGGAGUGGUCCUUAUUUCAGAAAAGGGCGUUUCAAUUUGAAAGACAGUCUCUUAAAAUAUAUUUACACCCACACGUAUUUAGAAAGAGAGGUACCUUUCGGAGGUGGAAAUCCUAUGAGAAAGAUGGAAAAAGGAGCCAGGCACCGAAACAACACUGAAAAGAACCACCCAGGUGGGAGCGAGUCGGAGGCCAGCCCUGAGUCUGGUUCCGGAGGGGGCGGAGUAGCCCUGAAGAAAGAGAUUGGAUUGGUCAGUGCUUGUGGUAUCAUUGUAGGGAACAUCAUUGGCUCUGGAAUCUUCGUCUCGCCGAAAGGUGUGCUGGAGAACGCCGGCUCUGUGGGCCUCGCUCUCAUUGUCUGGAUUGUGACUGGUCUCAUCACAGCUGUGGGAGCCCUGUGCUACGCUGAGCUUGGGGUCACCAUCCCCAAAUCUGGAGGUGAUUACUCCUACGUCAAGGACAUCUUUGGAGGACUGGCUGGGUUCCUGAGGCUGUGGAUUGCGGUGCUGGUGAUCUACCCCACCAACCAGGCUGUUAUCGCCCUCACCUUCUCCAACUAUGUGCUGCAGCCGCUCUUCCCCACCUGCUUCCCCCCAGAGUCUGGCCUUCGACUCCUGGCUGCCAUCUGCUUAUUGCUCCUCACAUGGGUCAACUGUGCCAGUGUGCGGUGGGCCACCCGGGUUCAAGACAUUUUCACAGCUGGGAAGCUCCUGGCCCUGGCCCUGAUCAUCAUCAUGGGAAUUGUCCAGAUCUGCAAAGGAGAGUAUUUCUGGCUGGAACCAAAGAACGCAUUUGAGAAUUUCCAAGAACCCGACAUCGGCCUUAUCGCACUGGCUUUCCUUCAGGGCUCCUUUGCCUACGGAGGCUGGAACUUUCUUAAUUACGUGACUGAGGAACUUGUUGAUCCCUACAAGAACCUUCCCAGAGCCAUCUUCAUCUCCAUCCCACUGGUCACAUUUGUGUAUGUCUUUGCCAAUGUCGCUUAUGUCACUGCAAUGUCCCCCCAGGAGCUGCUGGCUUCAAAUGCAGUCGCUGUGACAUUCGGAGAGAAGCUCCUAGGAGUCAUGGCCUGGAUCAUGCCCAUUUCCGUUGCCCUGUCCACAUUUGGAGGAGUUAAUGGGUCUCUCUUCACCUCUUCCCGGCUGUUCUUUGCUGGAGCCAGGGAAGGCCACCUUCCCAGCAUGUUGGCCAUGAUCCACGUGAAGCGCUGCACCCCAAUCCCAGCCUUGCUCUUCACAUGCAUCUCAACCCUGCUGAUGCUGGUCACCAGCGACAUGUACACACUCAUCAACUACGUGGGCUUCAUCAACUACCUCUUCUAUGGAGUCACAAUUGCUGGACAAAUAGUUCUUCGCUGGAAGAAGCCUGAUAUCCCCCGCCCUAUCAAGAUCAACCUGCUGUUCCCCAUCAUCUACUUGCUGUUCUGGGCCUUCCUGCUGAUCUUUAGCCUGUGGUCAGAGCCCGUGGUGUGUGGCAUUGGCCUGGCCAUCAUGCUGACAGGAGUGCCCGUCUAUUUCCUUGGUGUUUACUGGCAACACAAGCCCAAGUGUUUCAAUAACUUCAUUGAGUCGCUAACCCUGGUGAGCCAGAAGAUGUGUGUGGUUGUGUACCCCAAGAUGGAAGCAGGCUUGGGGAAAGAGGAGAUAAAUGGGGACACAGAGGAGCAGCGGCGGCCCAUCUACCAACCCACUGCCUCCAAGGACAAGGACUCGGAACAGCCCCAGCCCUGAGGACCACCAUCCCCUCUCAGCUGGCUCCUUCUUCCUACACCCUCUUUUUGCCCUCCUUCCCUGCCUGGGUCCCCCCAACACACACACACACACACACGUACACGCACACGCACACGCACACACACACACACCUCUGCUUCUGUCAAGCAGGGGCAGGACCUGGGUGUGGGUGGUAAGAAACUAUAAACAAAGACACUGACAUUUGUACCCAAAGAACCAGCCUUUCACCACCAGGGCCGGUGUUCUCACCAGGGCUGCUCCAAGCAGUGGGAGGAGAGUGGAGCUGCCGGGGGUACUCUACAGGGCCCUCCCCCCUCACUUGCCUCCUCAGGAGCCCAGUUCAGUACUGCCUUCCCUCCCCAUUCCUGAGCCCAAGGGAGGCCUCUGCUCAGAGAAGCGGAAGCAACAGUGAGUCAGUUGGGGAGAGACAGACUCAAGCAAAUCUGUCAUCUUUAAAGUCAGCUGGAGAGACCCGUAUCACCCUCCCUUCACUAGGGACCCAAGAAAUCAGAGAGAUGCUUCCCUCUGCCCUCUCCUCUCCCCCCUCCCCAUGGUACCUCCCCCUACCUCAGCUUGGGCUCCCUGUCCAGAGCAAGGUUCCUGGCAGGACACCAUCUCCCUACUGAGCUAAGGACCAAUGAGAAGGAGAACUGCCCCCUCCCCCUAACCCAAGCCAGGCCUGUGGAACAGAUUGGGAAAGGCUCAAAUUGCAGAAAUCCAGCCCUGCCCCGGUAUCCUGCAUCCUGACCCCCACUCAGUGCCAAAGCUUUCCUGAAGCCAGAAAGUCAUCUUAUUUUCAAUGUAGUGGACAUUUCUCUCCUUGUGGCAAAGCUGCUUAGCUCCUCCUCCUUCCCCACUCGAACAAGAAGGAGCAGUCACUCCAUGAUCCCUGCAGCUAUGCCCCUAAUGUACCCCCAUGGAGCCAGCACGGCUGGCACCUCCAUCAUGCCCUUUUCCUCUUCUCUGGCUUGGCUCCGGGACCAACCGGUGUGAAGGCUCCCCAAGCCCUUCAGGCCCGAAACCCAAGCCAAAUCAGCCUUAAGUCACCUCCCAUCCAAGAACUGGACCUAAAAAUACUCCCUGAUUUCUAACCCUCAGGACAGACCUGGUAUGAAAAGCCUUCCUGGAAUGGAGGGUGCUUUCCCACCCACCCCCCAGAAGUGUCCAUCCCGUAACCUCGGAGACUGUUUGGGGCAAGACUGUUUUCUGAAGGCCAGUUCCUUCCUCCUCCCCCAACUCAGACACCCCCCUUUCUGGUCCCACCGUCCCACCACCACCCUGUCUUUGGACAGCCUCCAGGACAGGAUGAAAAAGCAGUGGCAGAAGGUACCCAUUUUGGGGAGCCAUUCUCUGUGGCAUGUGGACUUCUGGCCAUCCUGUGGGCAGAGGCUUCCUUUCCCUUCGCUCCAAGGGAAGGCCACCGUGUUUACGCUGGGCCUUGUAGCCUCCCUGCCACACUUUCUGUGCUAAAGACUAGGAUCCUUUCAUCCCAAAGCACGAGUGCCCCCUUUCCUACCUCCCUCUACCAUCUGUUUAGUCUAGAACCUGUUGGGUGUCCUCCUGGCUUGCUUGGCUCUCCCAGCUUCCCAGCUGGCCUGCCUGACCCCAACCCCACCCCUCACCCCUAUUGGUGAGUUGUCAGGUUUGGUUUGAGUUCCAGUCCCUUCAGAGUAGACCCCAGGUGGGCUGGGGCUGGCCCCUGGAGGGUCAGGGGACCCUCCUCCUCUUCCCUCUUCUCAUGCCUCCAACCUCCAUCCCUCCUUCAAUUGUUGGGGUUUAUUUGUUUGUUCAUUUGUUUCGUAAAGUGAAUGCCUUACUUAUUGGAUAAAUAUUUUUGAAGCUGGCGUUUCUAUUUCUUUUGGAUUUUUUAAUGUAAGGCUGUUUGGGGUGGGGAGGGCAUUAGUUAUACCUGGAUAAUAAUCUUC